AUGAGCUCUCAAAUCUUAAACGUUGGUAUUGUUGGAACGGGAAUAUUUGCAACUGAUAAGCAUUUGCCUAACAUGGAGGCAACAGGUGUCUUGAAUCCCUUUGCUUGUUACAAUAGGACCAAGAGUAAGGCAGAUGUCUUUGCCAAAAAAGCAGAUAUUAAGGACAGCAAAGUCUAUUCUUCAAUGGAAGAAAUUUUUCAGGAUGAAGAUGUUAAUUUCAUUGAUGCGUUGUUACCUGUUCAAUAUAAUUUGGAUGCUGUGAAAUUAGCAGUCAAAUAUAACAAGCCAAUUGCCUUUGAGAAGCCAAUUGCUGCCAAUUUGACGCAAGCAAAAGAGAUAGUAAAGAUAUCUGAGCAGACUAAGUUGCCGAUUAUGAUAUUAGAGAAUUGGGUAUUUAUCAAAGCUAUUGAGAUCUUGAAGAAGGAGGUUUUACCUAAAAUAGGAGAAGUUGUAGGUUUUACUUACAGAUCGACGGGUGCCUGGAAUGAUCAUAACAAAUAUUUGUCAACUUCAUGGAGGCAACAUCCAGAGCACAUUGGUGGUUUCUUAAGUGAUGGUGGGGUACAUCAAUUGGCCCUAUUGACAGAGGUUCUCGGAGAAGUGAAGUCCGUAAGCGGCUUGACAAAACAAUUAAGGGAAGAAAGUGGAACUGAUGACGUUUUGUUUUCGACUAUGAAGUUAAAAAGUGAUGUGAUUGGUACCUUUACCUAUGGUUCUUCAUUUGGUGCAACCGAUAAAUCGACAAGUUUCAUUAUAUAUGGAAGAAAUGGCUCUUUGAUUUACGACUUCUCGCCAUCUUUGGAUAAGCCAACAAUAACCUAUGAGACUGGGACCUCCUCUCAAACAGCUUCAGAAAAAACCACUAUUAAAAUCGAUGAAGUUAAUAACAUUCAAGAAGAAAUGAAGAACUUUGCUGAAGCAGUUCGUGCUAAUGAUAAAAAUCUUGUGCUGGUUAGUCCUGCAAAAGCUUUCCACCAUUUGGCAAUUGUAGCAGCAGCUUUGGAGAGUUCCAAAAAGGACGGAGCCUCAGUCGAAGUCGCAUCUCCUAAUUGA